CAAGACGCCGAUUGGUCCUAGACAGUCGCCGUUUCGCCGACGGAAAGUGUUGACGUCAGUGUAUGCGCAUACAGAAUCAUCGACUUCGUAGUGAAUGUUUUUGAAAAAAGAACUUUUUUGAGUGGGUGCAUUCAUAAACCAGAAAAAACUUACUCGGUGACUAUACAAACUUUUUAAAUUGAAAGUUUCGAACUAUUCAGUGUCGUUUCUCUGUUAAAAUUCAAGUGUACAAGCUCAAGUGGAAUUUCUUAACACGUAAACGGGUUUCUUCCCAUCGGCUGUUUAUUAUGGAUUUAGUAAUUCGCAUAAUUUUGUAAUAAAAUAACAUUCAAUCGCUGUUGGAGCUGGAACGUGCCUUAGAAUGGAAUAUUAAAAAUAGAAAACAACGAACAGCUACGUCCUACUGAACAUGGAAUAAAAACAGAUUGGAUUGUACUGUGAGCGAUCUUGAAGCCCUUGUUUUGAAGAAUAUAGGAAAUCAGCUGCCUUCAGAAUUAUAAGCUGCUGAAACUAACAUAGGAAGAGUGCAAUGAGGACGUUUCAGUGAAUAUGAGGAUAUAGAAAUAACAACAACAAAAUGGCAAUUGUUCAAGUGACUAUAGUGAGUGCAGUGCUUAGUGUGGUGUCAGUGUGUGUGUGGGGUCAUGUGGCCUUAACUUUUCCGCCCGCAAGGAGAUUUGACUUGGACUUUUUAGACAAUUCCAGAACGAAACCACCAUGUGGUAUGCCAAAAGGAACAUUGAAAACAUCUUUCUUAGCGGGAUCAACAUUCACAGUGCAUUGGCAUUUGGCAUAUGCACAUCGUGGUGGAUUCAGUCUGAGGAUAUUGGACGAGUUGGAGAGACCAGUCCUGGAUUUGACUCCUCGAGCUGGCGGCUCUGAAUUUGUACGAGAUGACGUCACAGCCCAGAAGUAUGAGGUCCGUUUACCGACCGACUUCACCUGCGAGAACUGCACGCUGCAGCUGCAGCGCGAGGCGGGCGAGUGGGGCGCCAAUUACAGGUUCUGGUCGUGCUCUGACAUCGAUAUAUUGCCACGCAAAGAAUACCACGAGACCUGUUCCGGACACGGAUUCCACAUCCUAGGCCGUUGCAAGUGCAACAAAAUGUACUCCGGCCCCCGCUGUCAAUUCUCUGACGAAUGUUUGGAGGAUAAUGACUGCGGCCUGAGAGGCAAGUGUGUGGACGUCAACGCCACAGAGUCGCCAUCCAGGAUGUGCUACUGCCCGUUCGGAUUCUACGGGAAGGGGUGUAACAAGAAGGCACCAUGGAAGGACAAGAAAUUGAACUUGGGGCUGUACACGAAGAAGGAGUUGUCAAAAGAGUUCAAUAUAUUCUGGCGCAUUAUAAAAGAAGACGCAGAGUUGGAGGUUGUUAUGGUGGUCAAUGGUACUUCGUAUGCCGGUAUCGGUUGGCGUCCUAGCGGUCUAACGAAACAGUGUAAAAAUUUCCCAGUUUUAGGACCUAGCAUUGAUGAGAAACAGAGCACCCCGAAACCAGAACCCCUCCCAGAACCAGAGCCGAAAGCUGAACCGGAGCCGGAACCUUCCGCAGAACCCAAACCGGAACCCGAGCCAGAACCCAAACCGGAACCCGAACCGGCGGCGGAACCCGAGCCAGAACCAAAACCGGAGCCCAAAUCCGAACCGGAACCAAAACCAGAAACCAAAUCAGAAUCGGAACCAAAAUCUGAGCCAUCGCCUGAACCGGAGCCUUCUUCCGAACCCGAACCGACUGCAGAACCGAAACCAGAACCAGAACCGACAACCACACAGACUGCGGCGAACGACAACCGGAACAAAAGGGUCGCCAUGCACACUUUGGACGGUUUCGACUUCAAAAACCUGGGUGAUGACGUCACUGUGAAAACCAGCGUUUCCUAUAAAGUGUCCAGUUCUAAAGGACGACGUAAGAGGGCGGCGGUGAACGAAAAUGUGGAAUCUUCGUCAUUUGUCAAUGAGAAAGAGACCACUCCCGUAUCCUUAUCCGAACCGGAAUCGACCCCCGAACCUAGUUCCGAAUCCCCAUUAAAAUCCGAAACGGCUAAGCCGAAAUUGAAACCAAAGUUUACGCCAAAGUAUAAAUUGCCUCGAGUGUUGCCUUCGACAGAGCAACCGAAAAUAUCAGAAACCACAUCUGAAUCUAUUUUGGAGUCAGUUUCGGAACCAAAAUCCGAACCGGAGCCGACGGCCGAACCGGAAUCAGAGCCGGAACCAACAACAGUGGCUCUGAAUAAUUCUUCGGAAUUUAAAUCGGAAAUCGAAACUACUCCAGAGCCUUCUCCGGAACCCAAAUCCGAACCAGAACCCACCGCCGAACCUAAGUCGGAACAAAUUUCCCAAAAGAAAUUCAAACAAAAUCUUUCUGCUGGGCCGAAAUUUAAAUCGGGGCGGAAAUCCGAGUUAGAGCCUGAACCUGGACCUAAAUCCGAACCAGAACCUACCCCUGAACCUAAAUCGGAACCUGAACCAACUCCUGAACCGAAAUCUGAACCAGAACCAACGCCUGAACCUAAAUCUGAACCAGAACCAACCCCUGAACCGAAAUCCGAACCGGAACCUAGUCCGGAACCCAAAUCUGAACCAGAACCAACCCCUGAACCGAAAUCCGAGCCAGAACCAACUCCCGAACCUAAAUCCGAACCAGAGCCAACUCCCGAACCCAAAUCCGAACUGGAACCUAGUCCGGAACCGAAAUCCGAACCGGAACCAACUCCGGAACCUAAAUCGGAACCAGAACCUGUUCCCGAACCUAAAUCUGAACCAGAACCCUCCCCUGAACCCAAAGCGGAAUCAGAAACCGAAAGUUUGCUAGUUAAAGGACUUAAAGAAGACACAGGUUAUUUCCCCGCUCACGAAUACGUGCCGAAAUUUGAUUUCAAUCCGAUGGAUUGUACCGAUAUCGUCAUCGGCACGGCUAGAGGCAACUACCAUAGAGUCCUGGACUACUAUACCAGGGAUAGAUCUACUCCACGUGUGGAUACCUUCUGGGGCGGCCAUGAUGACGUCACCGCUGCUUCAGGAUUUGAAGAAAACGGAGUCACCACCAUCGUAUUCAGGAAGAAGAUUGCGGCUAAGGAACCCACCGACCAUUCCAUAGUGGACGACCUAAUGCACGUGAUAUGGGCCCGUGGACAGGAACCCAAUAAGUACGUGCACUCCCCGCCGUCGGGAAUCGAACGCGGGACCGCGGUUGUGAGGGACUUCUACAGGCAAGACGAGCUAAAAUACCAUGGGCACGGUGCACAGAGGGGCGUGACUCGGAUCAACUUUUUCGAGGAGGCUAAAUCCUCCAUAUCAGGCGGAGUGCUCCCCCUAGCGGACAAAUGUGGAGGCAUGUGGAAAUAUCCCACGGCAUGCAACCCGGACAAUAACACGUGCCAAUACUACGCCUCCUGGGAAUAUUUGGGGCAAAAGAGGGGCAAGGAUUCAAUAAGGUUCGUGAUAAAGACGAACCAGACUAAUUUGUGGACGGGGAUUGGAUUCAGCAAGGAUAAGAAGAUGUCUCAAACGGACGCAGUAAUCGGUUGGACAGACCCGCGUUCAGGGCAGCCCUUCUUAAUGGAUACCUUUGUAAGCGGAUACUCCGCGCCUAGACUUGACCAAGGGCAAGAUUUGACCAAAAAAUCCGGGAGCAUAAUCGAUGGAGUUACAACACUCAGCUUUGUUAGAAAACGAGAUACGGGAGACCAGAAGGACUUUGCAUUCACUGACACUCAGUGCCUAUACAUGAUGUUCAUACCGCAAGGCGGUAACUUCGAGCCGAAGAACAAACGGACGAGCAAACACCUGCAGACGCCAGUUGUUUCUGAGGAGAAAGUGUGCAUUAGGCCAUGUGGACCAGAACCCCCAGAAGAAGAGAUAACCACGGAACCUAUUAUACCCGGAUUAUCGGCUUACACGCUUUUAAUCCGUAUAACCGGAUUGGCUGACAACUUCCGGCCGCCCGCCGCCGGAAGUCGGGAGUAUGAAGACCUUAGUAAACAAGUGGUCGAUAACUUGGAAAGGGAAAUCGGGAAGAAUAAGGGAUACCAUGGGAUGGUGGUCAAUGGAUUCAUGCAGAACGAAACGAAAGCUAUAAUCGCCGAGUUGACGUUGAAAUCGAUCGAUUCAAACAGUAUAGAGGGUUCGAGCGCUCGCUCGCUAGAUAGCGCUGUCUCACUCUCCACCAAUGGGACGGAAGAGGACGAAGAUAUGUCGCGGUGGAAGAGAGUCGUAAGGGACACUCUGGCGCAAGGAAAAGUGGGCAAUUUGAAUGUGGACCCGGAGUUUUUGGUAUUCGAGCCUCAAAGCUUAUUAAUAAAUCGGCCGACUGAAGAAGAAGGAUCAGGCAACGCUCGCUCGUUCUUCGGCAAGGCGGAGACUAAACUAUACGUCGUCGUUGGUUGCGUCGCGGCAUUGGUGUUGUUGGCCGCCAUACAAGCUGUGUGUACUCUAAGGGCCAGGACUACGAGACAGGACCAACUGAUCCCGAACUCCGCGUGGAAGGACUAUUCUUCCAACACUAACUACGCGUUCGAGCCGUUCGAGAACGACGAGAAGUACAACAGUACCUCAACCAUGGCCCGGACUCGAACCCCCGCCCCGCGGCCUAAUGGCCCGCCCCCGCCAAGGCCUUCUAGUGCGAGGGCACAUACUCCUAACAAGACGCCCACCAACGGCCACAAGAUGGCGCCGGUCGGACACAAGAUGGCGGCCAACGGGAACAACACCAACGGACGCUCAACACCAAGACACAACCCGCCCCCGCAGUACUAUAACCAUACUAGGUCACUGCAGCGUCCUACAGGCCAAUAUGGGUAUUCUGCUAGAGGCGAUCGCGCCGCGUACUCGCUUCCGCGACGAGGCGAUCAACCCGCGCAGCCAGACUUUUACUUCAUGCCGUCGCAGCGAAAAUACGAAGGUGAAGUAGUCAGGGUCUACGUCGACUAUAGGGACAAGGACAAGGGGGACCAACAGAAUGGAAAUAAUAGUAAUAGGGACAAGAGGGAAUAACAGAAUUGAAAAUAAUAAUAAUAAUACACUACAGAAACGAAAAAACAAACGAUUUGAAACAUAACAAUCAGACCAGUCUUAUCGUAACAAUAACAUUAUCUUAAGGGAAGAUGUCUUAUUGCUCAUUGUUCGCAUCAUGAAUUUACUCAAAAGCAAAUAUUGUUUCUAGUAAAGUUUACUUACAUCUUAAAAAUAUUUUAGUGUAAUACUUAAAAUUUAAAAAGGGCACGCAGCCCGACGUCUACUUUAUGGCGUGGCAAAGGAAACAGGAAGCUGAAGUAGUCAGGGUCUACGUCGACUAUAGAGGCAAGGACAAAGGGGACCAAUAGAAUGGAAAUGCUAGUAUAGGGACAAGAGGGAUCAACGAAAUUGGUAAUAAAAAUAAUAGGGACAAGUGGGAUCAACUGAAUGGAAAUAAUAGUAAUAAAAGGGACAAGAGGGAUUAAAGAAAAUAAAAAUAAUAGGAACAAGUGGGAUCAACAAAAUGGAAAUAAUAGUAAUAGGGUCAAGAGGGACCAACAAAAUUGAAAAUAAAAAUAAUAGGGACAAGGGAUACCAACUCAAGUGACAGUAAAAAUAAUAUGGACAAGUAAGUGGGUCUCCCACCCACUGAAUUUAAAAUAAAAUAUUACUAGGUGGACCAAAAGAAUUAAAUUAAACAGGAAAAAAUAAUGAUACACCUUGGGACAUAAAAAUCGGACCACUCUUGUAAUGUAACAAUGACAUUAUCUUAAGAGAUGAUAAGAGUUGCUUAAUUGCAGUCAGCCUGACUUAAACUUUAUUGUAUUUACGAAAGUGGAGUAUGAUUAUGAUGAUUAUAUGAUUAUAUACGUAAUUCAGAGUGCUCUCUUAGAUUACCUACAUUUCAAAAACGUGUUACCCGUAGUGGUUCGAUUUUGUUGUCCCGGAGUGUACAUGUUAAUUAAAUGGAAAAUUAUAUCACAAUUAACAUAUUAUGCUUUUUAAACUAAGUUAUUUGUAGGUAUUAACCCUUUAGCGUAUGAUUUGCUACGAGCUACAAUUUUUACAGGUCAUGGGAAAGACAGAAGAACCAUUUUGUGUUAUGUUUUAAAGCACAAUGUAGCAGUAGUUAGAAUAAUAUGCGGUGUAUUGUGGUUCAUUAUAUUUUUUUUAUGUGAAUAAUAUCAUAGAUUAAAAUGACCUUAGGUAUGUAAGCCAUAAUUCGUUAAUAAAAUUGACUUCAAGGUGCUAAUUUAAAAUGCUAGAAUAUAAAACCACAGAGCGUUUAUUUAACUAUAUAUUAUCUUUUUUAACGUUUUCAGUUUUUUUCUACUUUUUUUUUUAUGCAAAAUACGCAAUGCGUUUGACCACAAUCUCACCUGAUGGAAAGCGAUGAUGAGGCCUAGGAUGGUACACGCUUGCCUAGAAGAUGCCUGUUCACUCUGGCCUUGAAGAUGUCCAGGUUAUAUUGAUAAUAAAGAGAAUUUUUAUUUAAUUAAUUUAAUAAACAUGAUCCAUCACCUAUGUUAUGAACUUAAUGUCUCUGCAAUAAGAGACAUUUUACGAGAAAUAACGUUGAAACGUUGCUAUUACUAUAAGAGUUAUAUAAUUUGGAAAAAGCUUUAGAAUUAAUAGAUAUAUUAGCAAAUCGCCAGUUCGACUAUUCUAUUAGAGUAUUUUUUAUUUAAUUAAAUUUUAACUAUAGUGUAGAGGGUUCUCAGGAUUAAGUAAUUGUGGUAAUGACAAGAUAUUCGUAACAAACAUAUAUUUAAUUAGCUAAUUUUGCACUAAACAUAAAAUUGAAUGAUUUUAAAUUUUGCAUGUUCGAGUUAUUGUUAACCCGAUGCAAAAGUAAGCCAGUCAGCUUGUUGAAAUGGGAUAGCGUUAUAUCUCUGUCUCUUUCACUGCGCUGAAAGGAGUUUUGCCAUGUUACUAGCUUGCGAUUAAAGUGCUUUUUAUAUUAUGGUGACAUAAUAAUUAUUAUCUGAUUCCGAUUAAUGUAGCAUUAAAUAUUAUCUGAAUAUGUACUUGAAUGUAUGUAGUUAGUCUUAACUUAGUUUGUAGAGUGAAAUUUUCUUUUACAAUUUCAUGCAACAAGAUAUUGUUAUACAAAUUGCAAAUGAAAGUUAUACCAAAUGUAACUAUUUAUAUCUAAAAGCAAUUAAACAAUUUUUUUUAUGAAACGAGGGCAAAUCAAGUUGCAUGUAUUUGCAAACGAAAUUUUCAUGGCUUACAUAAUGAGCAUUUUGUAAGGGACUUUCAAACAUUGCUUGCUUUCAAUUAUUUAAUUUGCACUUGGCUUGUAGUUUUAACUUACUAAAAUGUAAUUAGAACGAAUGGCAUUAUUAACAAAAUUAUUCUUGCACACACUUAACUGGAUUUUACUAAAACAUUUUUGGACACUUGACCCGUACGCUUUUAUUGGAGUUAAAUCUCUGCGCAAGGAGAAUAAAUUAAAAUAAUGUAUUUCAUCUGACUGGGUAUUGCACCUCUGAUGGUCUGCCAACCGCGCAAGGCUUAUUUGUAUGUUUUUUUAGUCAGUAGUAAAGGAAACUUAACUUAACUUAAUGCAGGUUAACUUAGCAUUCAAUAAUUUGUUUUUUUUUCACAUACUGAUUAUAACUAUCGCCCUGGGGUUCCGUACUUUGAGAGCAAAUAACUAAAUUCUUAUAAGGUGGGCGACUUUGUCUAUGCCCGACUGUAGAGUCGAGACGACAUCCAUUUUCAAAUAUUAUCCUGUUUAAAUUAAUAUGAAACAUUCAGUUGUUCAAUCCCUUUUGGAGCAGUGAACAAAUUAAAUUAAAAGUCAAUAUUCCUAAAAGAUACCCUUAUUUUAGGCGGCAUUUAACAUAUUUGUAGAUAUGAAAUUUGGCAAGCACAAAUGCCAUGUAGCUAAGAGCAAGUAUAAUGAGGUGUUUGUUAAUAAUGAGCAAGAGAGAUCUAAAAAUGUGCUUGAUCGUCCUAACUUGCUUUAUUCAAUGUGUUGCAAUAAUUAAAAUGUUUAAUAUUUAGGCAUUUAUUUAAUGUGCCAAAAGAUGAUUAAUAAUCAAAUAUUAUUUCGGGUAUAAUCAAAAAAUAUUUACAUUUUAAUUUGAUUAAAACCACUCGGUUUGGUGUAAUAAGUUUAGGGCAUAAUGGAACUGGAGUACUCGGUGUAAAAGUCCUUAAAUUAAAUAAAAACAUUCGCAUAUUAGAAUCCUUAUUUCUUUAAACGGGAUGUUCGAAUCGAUUUCAAUUAUCGGUUUAUAGUAACCUAAUGUUUUUUCCUUUUUUUAUUACAGAUUUUUGAUGGAGACUACGCAGAGUAAAUUAUUAUUAAAAAAAAUAAGUUACCAAGUUAAUUAAUUAUGAUUAUUUUUGAGCACCGAACAAUUAUUAUUUCAUAAGAGCAGACACAUUACGCAGUAACAUUAUAAUCAUAAUGUACGUUUUUUUAGUUUUAUUAUUUCCAAACAGAUCUAGUCUCGUGUCACAGUUUUAAAAUAAGUUAUUAUUUUCACGAUUAAUUAAUAAUAUUAAAUAAUUUACACUACACACUAUCGAUGUAAAUAGGUUUAUAUUUUACUUAAAUGUAUUGCACAUUUGUGUUAGGUUUAGAUUUAAUAAUUCAAUAAACAAUAGCAAUAAUUAUAUGACUUGAUAAAUUAUAUAGAAAUAAUAGAUCUUUAUGAUCUAAUAUGGCCAGCAAUUAUCGCAGGAGCGAAGGCCAACUGUACAAAAAUAUUCUGUAUUUAAUUUUUUUUUAUAAUUCUCUGUCGAAUGAACAAAAUCUUAGGUAUGGUACUUAGUUUAAGUUCAUUAAUGGGUACUAAUUUUAAACUUAACAUUUAUUUUCUGUCACCUAAGUUAGGAUUAUAAGGUAAUACCUUGUUUACGACCUUUUCUUUACUUCUUACAAAUCAUUAUGGAUUAUUUUUUUAUAAGUACUUAAAGUAUUGAAAAAAAUAUGGGGUCAUGUAAGCCUGAAAACAAAGUUAGUUUUUAGAAUAACCAGUAUUUUUUUUCCCAAUACCAAAAUGCUCAUUAUUUUCGUUAUACCCACUAUUUUUUAAUACCUUAUCCAUUAUUUGAGAGCUAGUUGUUAUAGAAUUGAGAUCCAUUUGCUCAAUGUUCAAGUUACAAUAAAUUUUGAAGCAAAGACUCUCGAAAAUCGAGUCAGCACAUGUAGGUAACUCUAAUAAGACUUCUUUUGUUUUAUGUAAUUUUAUCUAUGGGUACUAUAAAUAUUUAUUAUUUGUAAUUUUAUAUUUAAUAUUGAUAAAAGGAAUCGAUAACAAAAUAUAGAAAUUGUACAAUAAACUAUGUUUAUCUACAUUAUAUGUGAAAGAGAUUGUAAUAAGUAUUCUGUUUAGAUAUUAUUUUAACUUUAUGAUGAUGACGAUAAAUGAUUUAUUAUAAGUAUGUGUUUGUCAAGCUGAUAAACAUAAAAAAGGUUUUAAGAAAAUAUUAAGUAGGUACUAAUUAACAGAGAUGUGCAAAAUACAUUAUAAAAAGUAUUUAAUUACAAAAUGUAAAUACCUUGAUAUUUUUUUAUUUCAAAUACAAAAUAGUUUUUCUUUUUAUAUGUAAAAUACUAAAUACAAAAUACUUUAAUAGAAUAAAAUACCUUUGGUUAUAAAUUGUGAUUAUUUUACUGGUGUUUUUUAUAUUCUUAGUGGCUCGAAAAAAAAAGUUGAAUGUCAUGUGAGAAAAAAUCGCAUUAAAUUGGUAUUGCUGUUGACUAAACUUAUUUAAAAUGAAUAUUUCAAAUAAAAUAGAGAAUACUUUUCUAAAAAAAGUAUUUAAAUACAAAAUGGAAAUAGGUAUUCCGUAUUUCAAAUACUGUUAUUUUUAAAAUGUCACAUCUCUGUUUAUUUAUACCUUGACGUAGCAUUCGAGGUUCUACAUAAAAAAACUUAUUUCUAAUAAGUAUUAUGUUUUAAUAAAAUAUAACAUUUUAGUAGAUAAUUGUCAGCGAUGGUACUGAAAUACUCGAAAUUUACAAAGAAAACGACCCAUUUUCAAUAUUCGAGACAAUAAGGUAUUUUACUUGGCUUGUAUUCCGCUAUUAUUUAUUAUUAGUAUUAUUUUAUUAGUGUCGAGAUAUAGAUAUUGAAAUAAGUACUAAAACUAUAGUAUUCAUAUAUCACUUAUUACUUUUGUUAUAAAACAGUACUUGCAGAAAAUAUUGAAGAUUUUUUAUUGGAAUAAAUAAUAGUUAUAUAUAAUACAUAAAUAUAUUAAAUCGGAAUGGGGGUUGAUUAAAACGAAUAUUUUGCCAUUAUCAUGAUUUACUUCCAUUUACAUAGAUUUCAUUUAAAUUUACGAAAAUUUGUAGCUUAGAUAGGUAAUUAAGUAAGUUUAUUAUAUUGUAUAAAAACACACCAAAUCCAUGUAUAUAAAGCGGUAUAAUUUUAUUUUUGUUUAACCUAAUCCGUCCAAAUGAAGGUGAUUCUAUUUAACAUUUUAAUGUGUUUAAUUUGACAUUGAAUAUAAAUAAAUACAAUUAUUUUGAAUAUAAUCACUCUUUGUUUAUUUUCUAACCGUAAAAUUUAAAUACAAUUUGGAUUUUUUUUCAGGUAUAGUAUUGUAACACGAGGUAUUGAAACAUUGUAUUGAAAAAAAAAAAUGUGUGCGUGUACUAGUGUACACACGUAAGAAGUGAAACUUCUUUAUGGCCUUAUUUUUUUCGAAAAAUGAUCUACAUGCAACUUUCCAGAAAUAUAUAUAUAGGCGUGCGCUAAGAUUUUUCAAAAACUCACCCACUAAAGGGGUAUAACUACACCUUACCUUACCUUACCUUACCGUACCCGUUAGUUUAUUCGAGUCUAAACGAUUACGAUCUAUUUAGUCCGUCAGUUAGAUGAUCAAAAAAUAAUGGACACGUAUUUUUCUUUGGGCAAUCAACCAAAAAAUGACAAAGUCAAAGCGCGUCAAAGUUUGGGAGUAGGGGCUCGUGACGUCACUUUUAAGUGAAAAUUGUACAAAAACGUGACGUCAUGUGACUUUUCAAAUCAAUAUAUCUCUGCAGUGUUUAUAUUAUGUGAAAAAAGAAAAAAAUCGUGUCCAAUACUUUUUGAUAAUCUACCUGAUAAACGACGAAAAAAAAUAGUCAUCAUCCCUAUUGUUGGCAUCUGUAUUUGAUAAGAAUAUUGGCAGCGAUUUUACUAUUCUAAAAGAACAAAUAAUUAACAACUUUUCUAUAAAAUUAUUAAAUAGAACUACGGUCACGUGAUCGAAAACGCCUGGGAUUGGCCAAGACUAAUAUGACGUCACACGCUAGUCAAAGUGACAUUACAUUAUAAACCUGUGUUGUCUUUGCGUGCAUGCUUUCAGAAGAACAAUAAUAAAAGCUCAAGGAAGAAGGGUUAUUCGGAUAAAAUAUUAUUUUUUAUCUGGUAAUUACCGAGCAAUCUCUCCCUUACCGUGUCUCUCUCACUACGGGAUAUUGGCGAAAUUUCUGUGUGAAACGGAAACAGCCACAGAACAAAAAAAAAAUCGUUUGACGUUUUAAUGAUAGUCGUGUGUCGUCACACACGCAUACUAGUGAGACGCCAUAAUUUCCAGAGAAACGUUUUCGCGGCAACUUGAAAAUUAAAUUUUUUAAUAAGUUUUUUUCUGACUUACAAAACAGAAUUAAAAAUAUUUUUUUUUAUGGACUCCAUUAGUAAAUAACGUGAGAACGUUUUCUAAAACUUGUCAAAUGGCCUAUAACAAAUACAUUGUUAUAACAAAAUAAAUUAUCAUACUAAUACAUUAUAGACUCUCAAGCAAAAUCUCUUAUUAUCGAUACAAGUCUCAUUUUUACAAAACACAAAAAUAACCUUAAUUGCUUUGAGAGAAUAUUGGUUCGACUUUGCAUUGGUUUUUGUUCGACUUAACAUUAUUUACUUCUAUGGCCCAAAGCUAGAUACAUAAUUAUCAUUAAACAAUGUUUAUCCAAGGAGUACCUACCUUAAUUGAUAAAUAAUAAACCGGUUCAGGUUAACGAAGGCCGGAAUCUGCUGAACUGCGCUCUUAUAAUUGAACUUAAUUGUCAUUGAACCAGUUUCAAAUAAUGAAGUUAUUAACAAUGGCCUAACAUUUCUCACGGUAAACAAACAAACGUGGGUAUAUGUACUGGAACAGGAUAUUAUACGAAAUUAGUACUUACGGUUUGCAAAGCAUUUUGUAAAAUUCGUAAACAAAUUAAUAUAUAGGAUAAUUAUUAAAACUACUUUUUUUUAAUUAAUUAAUUAAAAUAACAAAUAAUUCAGUGUUACAAAUACAUACUUCAAUUAUGUGUAUAUUUUAUAAUGUUGGAGGUAUUGAGGAUAUAACAAAACUAUUUACCUAAGAAUAUUCACAUAAAAAUGUAACCAAUAAUCUUAAUAAUAAUAUUAUAUCAUAUUUUCGAAGAUUUUUCUGAUUUAAUAAUUUUAUCCAUUCUUUAUUUAAAAUGUUCGUUUAUAUACUAGAUUUUGAAACAUGCACUGGUCUAGCCCUUCCUUUUGUUAAAUCUUGCAGGUCCUGUAAAAAAAAGGA